AUGGCUGUUGCCAUCUUACUCUCCCGUCUGGCUGUCACAUGGCUAAUUGUCCUAAAACAGCUGGAUGGGGCAACAGCAUCUUCAAUGACUCAGCUUAAAUGGUCAGGCAGACUUCUGAUAGGCCUUGUUACACAGCAUGCAGGGCGGGAAGAAAAGGUCCUGAGUCAUAUUAGAAAUGAAAAGCUUCAACCAUAUGACAGAGUAUCAAGGAAGGAGGCACCACCCAGUGUCUUUCAAAUCUAUGAAUCGGGAUCUGCUAAGUUCUCAAACAUCUUCGGAGCAACCACCACUGGUGAGGACUAUGAAGAAGUAAAACAUGUUUGUUGUUCGUAUGAACAGGGAACGGCAGCCACCUGGAUGGCACAGGGAAGGCCCAAACUCGAGGACGCCGGAGGUUACCUGAGAACAACUGGUGUCUCAGGAAAAGAGAGCGGGGAGUCUGGGGCAGGGAAGACAGAGAGCACCAAGCUGAUCCUGCAGUUCCUGGCGGCCAUCAGCGGGCAACACUCAUGGAUCGAGCAGCAGGUGCUGGAAGCCACCCCCAUCCUGGAAGCGUUUGGGAAUGCCAAGACCAUCCGCAACGACAACUCAAGCCGCUUUGGGAAGUACAUCGAUAUCCACUUCAACAAGCGGGGUGCCAUCGAGGGUGCCAAGAUCGAGCAGUACCUGCUGGAGAAGUCCCGUGUCUGUCGCCAGGCCUCCGAUGAACGAAACUACCAUGUGUUCUAUUGCAUGCUGGAGGGCAUGAGUGCCGAUCAGAAGAAGAAGCUGGGCCUGGGCCAGGCCUCAGACUAUAACUACUUGGCUAUGGGUAACUGUAUCACCUGUGAGGGCCGGGAGGACAGCCAGGAGUACGCCAACAUCCGCUCGGCCAUGAAGGUGCUCAUGUUCACCGACACGGAGAACUGGGAGAUCUCCAAGCUCCUGGCUGCCAUCCUGCACCUGGGCAACCUGCAGUAUGAGGCCCGGACGUUUGAAAACCUGGACGCCUGUGAGGUCCUCUUCUCCCCGUCCCUGGCUACAGCCGCAUCCCUGCUCGAGGUGAACCCCCCGGACCUGAUGAACUGCCUGACCAGCCGUACCCUCAUCACCCGCGGGGAGACUGUGUCCACCCCGCUCAGCAGGGAGCAGGCCCUGGAUGUGCGAGAUGCCUUUGUCAAGGGCAUCUACGGGCGGCUCUUCGUGUGGAUUGUGGACAAGAUCAAUGCGGCAAUUUACAAGCCCCCCUCCCAGGAAGUGAAGAGCUCUCGCAGGUCCAUCGGCCUCCUGGACAUCUUUGGGUUUGAGAACUUCGCUGUGAACAGCUUCGAGCAGCUCUGCAUCAACUUCGCCAAUGAGCACCUGCAGCAGUUCUUCGUGCGGCACGUGUUCAAGCUGGAGCAAGAGGAAUAUGACCUGGAGAGCAUCGACUGGCUGCACAUCGAGUUUACCGACAACCAGGAUGCCCUGGACCUGAUCGCCAACAAGCCCAUGAACAUCAUUUCCCUCAUCGACGAGGAGAGCAAGUUCCCCAAGGGCACAGACACCACCAUGUUGCAUAAGUUGAACUCCCAGCACAAGCUGAACUCCAACUACAUCCCCCCCAAGAACAACCAUGAGACUCAGUUUGGGAUCAACCACUUUGCAGGCAUUGUCUACUACGAGAGCCAAGCCUCCAAGGGUUUCACCUGCAGUCGAAGGCCAAGGAAAUUCAAAACAAACAAGCAAAGAGCCAUUGGUUUCGUACUUCCUUGUUUAAUUGUCCAGAAGGCUGACAGUGUAUCAUUGGUCAGGAAUAGGGAGAGGAGGGUGACAAAGACUGACACGGAUGAUUGUUCUGGAGCUAUGGAUUCCAGGGUGGUUACAGGAUAUGAGGGUUUUGUUUUUGAAACUCGACAUUGUGGCACUUGCCUCAAUGUGCCGCAGGUUCUAGCCAUGAAACCUGCAUUCCUGCUAGGAGUGAAUAGUUUCCAGUCUCAGCUUCAAGAGAUUUCAGAUGGUCAAGAUCAUUCAACAGUAGUGCAUAAUCGAAACAAAAUUCCCUCGGUGGCCACUGACCACUGGUGA